AUGACCAAACAUGAGUUGUCACAACGUCUUAUAAUUUUAUUCCUUGGCGUACAGGAAUGGAAUAAUCCUUACCUACGUUGGGAUCCUUUGAAUUAUGAAAACUUAACACGGAUACUUGUGGAUCCAAGAGAAGUUUGGGUACCUGAUAUAGUACUAGAAAACAAGUAAGUUGAAUUCUGUAGCAGUUUAAGUAAAUAAAUGUUGCCUUUGGCUGAUCAAGGAUGAGGCUUUCAUGACACUUUGGAAGUAUCAAGCAUUAAGCUAGUGUCCUAAAAGAAACCGUCGGGAAAGAUUGAAAUGCCCGAGUGUUCAUACCAAGUAACAGGAGGUUUGCACGUGCAAGUAUUAUUCAGUUGAUAAUCAAUAUUGAAAAUACACUCCAAAUUUUUUAGACUGCGAGAUUGUUUUGCAUCGUAUUCGGACUUUAAAAUAAAAGAUUAAACGAAAAAUCAAGAAAAAAAAAAAGAAACAUAAAAAGAAACUGAAUGUUUUUUUCUUACUUUUUAUGCAACCAUGAAUUCACUCCACAAAGCUAGCAUUGAGGACUUCCUAUUGGAGCAUUUUAACUUUCAUCACGAAUAAACGGGCAUACAGUAAUGCGGUGGUGCGGCUAGCACAUUCCUCUCUGGGUCUGAUUCAAGAUACUGGACUCAAAGUUGUUUUAAAACCAAAUUUAAAUUUCGUGAGCUCAUAAUGAGUCGCAGUUCUUUAAUGGGUAUAGGUGUUAUGAACUACUAAAAUUAGGAGUGUUCUGGCCAUGAGUUUGGGGAUUGUUUAGGCCUAUUAGAUUAUCUUGAAAUCAUUGUGCGAGUCUAGUGAGCCUUGGUUUUUCAUGUUCUGCAAGACCACACAUUACGUUUAGAGUGAUGUGUUCUUGACCAUUAUAAUGGGUCUAAGUUAUUUUACGAUAAUCGUUGUUGCUUUUUGUGUUGAGUUUGUGCUGGACCUUUUUCAUUUCGAAUGUGAGGUGAAAUCGUUUUUUAACGAUCUAAAAAUAUGAUUACUCUUGCAAGAUCAGUUGUCCCGCAAGUUCAAACAUGCCUAUUGAUGGAAUAUUUAAGAGCGCGUACUCAGGGCUGAACUAGAGAGAAACAGAGACUUAGUCAUUCAGACAAAGAGCCAUUAAGAGUCUGUAACCCUUUAAUUCCCAAGAUGUCCUUAGUAAUUCUCCUUACUGUCUGCCAUACAGUUCUUGUCAUGUUAGUUUGGAGAAUUUGGUAUUGGAUCAACUUAUGAUCCCCUAAUUGAUAUUUUUCUUCAUUUUCAUCACUUGUCUGCUUGAUAUUGUGUUAAUAUUGGAAGGAGAAAUCCUGUUUUGGUCAUCAUGUGAGUUAGGGGACUCCGUUUGUGCGAGUUGCUCGAGCUUCUUUACCCUUAAAGUCUAACAUAAGCAUUACUGACACUCUCUACAAAUCCAUUUCUUCCAACCUCCAGCGCCGACCAUGGGGUCGUUCAAGCGGGGCACGUGGAAAAAUUCCGAAGUUGGGUGCGUGUGAACAGCGUUGGUCAGAACACGUGGCUAUCUCCAGCAACGUUCAAAAGCAAGUGUGCGCUUAGUUUCAAAAACUUUCCCUUUGACAUACAGAAGUGCAGCCUGGUUUUUCGUUCAGUAACUGCUGAUCGUACCCUUUUGAACAUCGACACUACACCCAUCAAGAACGAUGAUCCUGAGAAAGGUAUGAUUACAUGGCAAUAUUUGUGUGACAAUUUGAAGAAAAUAGGUCCUGAGUCAACUCAAAUAAACUAUUGCCUUUGAAAAACAAUAAGGAGUGCAAUUAAAUAUAUCCUUAAUUGCCUUAUUUUUCAUGACUUAGAGCUUAAUCUCGCGGCAUCUAAUGGUUAUUGGACUCUAAGAAGCUUUGAGAUCAAGAUAGAGGAUAAAAAGCAAUCACCGAUUUUCAGCAAAGUUGAAGUAUCAUUUCGUAUUGGACGUAAACCCUUGUUCUUUGUCCUUUUCACCAUCGUUCCUUGCAUGAUCAUUGGGCUGCUGGUUCUUGUGAGUUUCUUCAUUCCCACGGAGAGCGGCGGAAGGAUCGGACUGUGCUCAACGAUUCUGCUGUCAGUCAGUGUGUACCUACUCGUCGUCGUAAAUCAGCUUCCGGAACAGUCCGACGAGUUGCCCAUUAUUGGUGUUUACUACAUUGUGAUCAUGUUUGAGAUCGGUCUGGCGCUGACUGUCACAGUUGUUGUUAUGAUGGCUCAUCACGCGACUUCCGAGCCACCCUGCAUCUUGACCUGGAUAACAGGUGAGGUUAAUAACUGAAAAUCUGUCCAUCUCAGUAAAAUAGAAAAAUGUGAACUCAAAGUCAGUAAGUGACAGUAGUAAUCUCAAUGGUAACUCGUGACACGGUGAAUUUAUCACAUUCAUGAAGAUGACGAUGGUGACGAUGAUAACGACGAUGAUAACGACGAUGAUAACGACGAUGAUAACGACGAUGAUAAUUAAAGCGAGAAAGAAAAUUGCGAAUAGUGACAGACGUUGUACAAACAACACCUCUGAUCUCGAUCAUGACAAUAAUUUACAAAUGAACUUAAAGGUGGACGUUGCAUCAUACAUCUUUGAUAUUAGUGCCCGGCGGUUGACAGGAAAGAGGUGACUUGGAAAUAUUUCCCCACCAAUUUUGCGAAACUAAAAUAUUCCUUAAUUUAUAAAAUUUCAGUGGUUAACAGGAUUGGUUGCUGCCUAAGACACAAUAGAAGAAAACUUCACUUUGGCUCUACUCUCGGUGCAUCUCCUGAAGUUGGGGAAAGAAACACAAACAUUGAAAUGGAGGAAACUGCUAAUGUUAAGCAAGGAAAGGUUGAUAAGCAGAUUUCAGAAGACACCCACGGGGAGGAAACACCACCCACCUCGGUUUCUAAAGAAGAAGUCGACAAGAAAACCUGGGAGGACAUCGCUCAAGCACUCGACCGUAUUUUCUUCUGGUUGUUUUUGGCGCUGGUUGUGUUUACUUCCAUUGCAAUCUACUCAUACGCAGGGAAGCUUUAA